GCUCUAUUUAUAACAGCAACACACACACAAACACACAAUAAAACACACUUUUGCUCUUUAAAAGCUGGGCUGCCUGUUUUCUUCUCAGCUCAUUCAAUCUGCAGCUUCAUAUUCAGAAACCUGCAGACGCCACAUUUAAAGAUGAGUCAUCGUUCUCGCGGCUCCAGGGUCCGGCAGCAUCUCCACUGUGACUCCUGCUACAGCCGGCGCUGCAGGGCUCGGGUGGAGCCUUCUGCCAGCUGCGCUCUGGUUCCCUGCCGUCUGCUUUGCGGAGCGGUUUUCCACCUGUGCAAAGAGGAGGAUCACCUGCUGCUGUGCCCCAAUGUGAGGGUGCCGUGCCUCAACGCAGACUACGGCUGCCCGGUCCAGCUGCCCCGCUCCUCGCGGGCGGCUCACCUGCAGGUGUGUCCGGCCAGCGUGGUUUGCUGCUCCAUGGAGUGGCUGCGCUGGCCAGUGGAUGACACAAACCCAAAUAACUUCAACGCUAUGCAGGACAACAUGAUGAAGGAAAGAGAGACGCACGGAGAGGCUUUGGAUGUUGCUAUGGCUUUAGUUGACCAGUCAGACCUUUACGCCCGCCUCAAAAUGAAGCCUCUGUAUCCAGAGCUUAUGGAGCAAGAAGAAGUGGAGGACACAAAGGAGGAGAGCGGAGAGGAGGUCGCAGUGGGAGGUGUUCAAGACCAAAACCCUACUGAAGCUCUUCCUGCAAGCAGAAUGUCUGAAAAUCCUGCUGCAGAAGAAACUGCUCAGAGUGUUGCACAGCCUGCAGUGAUCAACAUGGAGAAGUACAAUCUGUUUGAGAUGAUGUUCAGCAUGGAGAGAGGCGCCUGCGCUGUCGCUCAGGAGAAUUUGGAAAAUCCAAAACAAAACCAAAAACUAGCAGACGACAGAAGAAGCCAGAAAACACCAGAACAGGGGCGGCAGGACACAACCGGUCCCAGCAGCUGCCCUCCACCUGACACCAGUAAGACGGGUCUGGCGCCGUGGCAGGACGGGGUUCUGGAGCGGCUGGGGCAGGAGCUCACCCCUCAGGAGUACACCAUGUACCUGGUGCAUAACGGUCGCAUGCUGCUGGCCUUCGGGCAGAUUGAGGCCUGCACUUCCAGGGAGAAAGACUUUGUCUACGGCAGUCUGGAGCCCAUCCCAGUCCAGACGCUGCACUCUUUCAAGGUGCCUGUAAGUUAUCGUCAUAAGAGGCGGGUUCAUCUCAACGAGACGGCUGCCCGGGUGCAGACUGAACAUCGAAGCGUGGACACAUCAGACCUGGGCGCCGGCGAGGAGAACUGGUUUGUAGACGAAGCUGAAGCAACUCUGCUGGGCUACGCUGAGAUGGCAGUCAUGGGUCACAAGAUCAGUGAGACAAAGGCAGCAGACGGGCUGUAUGUGGACUUUGGCACGCAGACGCACUCUUUCCGCUCAACACCCUUCAAGCAGAGGACGACCUUGGCGGACGUGAUGGCCGACCGGCCGCUGAAGCUUCUCCUGCAGCUUCAGGCGGAAACCGUAAACAGCAGGAACAACAGAGCCAGCUGCGCGUUCACGUUCCUGUGCGGUCACACCUUCCACCGCAGAGAGUUCGCCACACACUUCAGGAAUGUGCACAGUGACAUCCAGAUGUGUCUGAGUGAAUGGUUUGAACAGCAGUGCCCCCUGGCGUACCUGGGAUGCACCUACAGGCAGAGGAGGUUUCAUCCCUCCACACAUAAAGCCACCGUCACCUACAAUCAGCAGUUGAGAUGUUUCAACUUGCGUCCAGAUGUUCUUCCCUCUCUGGACGGCCAAGCUGGAGACGGGGAGGACCGGCUGAGCUCGCUGCCCUACGAGGUGCUGUGCCACAUGGCCGGCUUCCUGGACAGCCAGUCCCUGUCCCAGCUGGCCCUGGCGUCCCGCCUCAUGAGGCAGGUCUGCUCCUCCCUGCUGCAGGACAGAGGGAUGGUGACGCUCCGCUGGGAGAGGUCGAGCUCCUUACAUGGGAGAGCCAGGUGGACGUCCAAACCUGUGUGGGAGUUCAGUCAUCUGUUCUCUGCAGUGGAUUCAUGGAACAUGGCUGACAUACCUCCGAUUUCUGCUCAUCUCAAAGUCUGUCCUUUCUACCAGAAAACAGAGCAGAAGGAACGAGUUGCCCUCCCCUUCAUGACUGGAAAUCAGCAGAAGAGUCCGAAGGGUCAGAGUCUCCUCACUCACUUUACAGGACAAAGAUGACAACAGUGAAGAAGAACCUCUGCUUGUUGUGUUUAACUUAAACUGAUUUAUGUUCAAAUGUAGUAUUGCAUCUAAGAUAUGUUUUAGGUUUGGCAUGUGAGAAUCUCUGAACCCUUAUGCACAAGGCUGGAUUUCCAUCAAUUAAAUGAGACCUAUAGAUGUAGACAUUAUUAAUUUAGUGCUAUGUUUUCUAUGUUUUCUGUAAGUCAUGGUAGUUUUAGUGUUUUCUUUCUGUGGCAGAAUGUUCCACGUUGAGGAACUCAGUGAAUUGAGGAGUAGGAUUUCAGCUCUCACAACAAGAUGUUUUUGUCAGUUUAUUGAUCCAGAAUAUGUGGGAAUAGUUUCCACUUCCUGUUCCACAAAGAACAUGGAUGAGUGAGUUUAGUUUAGUUUAGAAGACGUUGGCAGAGUCCUGACCUCUACCCAAUAAAACCUUUAUGCGAUGAAAAAGAAUGGAAAUGUGAGUGAGGCCUGCUUGUCCAACAUCAGUGUCUGACCUCAUAAAUACAUCUCUGGAAAAAUGGUCAGAAACACUGUGGAAAAUCUUCCCAGAGGAGUUGAAGCUGUUGUAAUUUGAUAUUUUAUGUUCAGACAUGAGUGAUUUUUAUGGGUAUUUGUGCGUAGUAAAAAGCUAUAAUGUUUUGUUUGAAAUCUUAAAAAUAAAAAGACCUUUUCUUUAAAACUGUCCAACAUGUUUUCAAACCAAAAUCAGAUUCAUGUCUGCAUAAUAAAGCCCCUCCUCCUGGU